AUGUGCGGUGACUCUCAUCUUCCUCCAGCCCGCGAGUCAGGCGACUUGAUCGCCAUCAUCCACCCAAACCCGAACCCGAACCCGAACCAGCAUGCAAUGUUCCGCGGAAGACUGAAGCUGUCAAACCGCCUACCUGGACGCACGACCUCAACGCUGCAAUGCGAGAGUGAUGGCCCAUGGCAGGGCAAUGGGAAUGGGAACAGGAACAAGAGUGAUUGUGGUGCUGUGGGCGAUCGACUUCUGCACGUCAGAAUCCACAAAUUCGGACAGCCGUUAUCACUCGACGGUGACAAGAUCACCGACUCCAAAUCUACCGCCAGCUCUGAUUCAUCGUCAGAUUCAGAGUCCGAGCCAGAGUCGGAAGAGACAUGGUCUUCAUCCAAUCCCGUCUUGCACUCGUUCUUCGUCGACACCGUCGCUGCCUCGUCCAACGCUGAGACGAGGCUGAACCUUGGCGUCGGAGGCGAUGGCGUCGUCGGGAGGACAGUGUCAGUGUCGGUCUUUGAUGGAUGCCGUAGAAAGGUCCUGGGGGAAGGCAUUAUUGGCUGGAGUUGA